CGUCAUCUGCAAAACAUUAAAAACCAAAGAGCCUCCAUAAUCGCGUCACUCCCACAUCUACAAUCUCCACCCGCUGAUCCGCUCUUCACUCUCUCCUGUGUGACUCAUCCCGCAAACAAACUAGCCAUCAUGGUUAGCCAUAAGGAGUUUGAAACUGCAGGGAAGCAGCCAGGGCUGCAGGUGUGGCGCAUCGAGAACAUGGACCUUAAACCGGUUCCCAAGGCCCUGCAUGGCAACUUUUACACCGGGGAUGCCUAUCUGGUGCUUUUCACUACCUCAGCCCCAUCAUACAACAUACACAUGUGGUUGGGGGAUGAGUGUUCGCAGGAUGAGAGUGGAGCAGUGGCCAUCUUUUCCUCACAGCUGGAUGACUUCCUGGGUGGUGGGCCGGUGCAGUACAGGGAGGUGCAGAACCAUGAAUCCAACACUUUUAUGGGAUACUUCAAGUCAGGCAUCAAGUACCAGAAAGGCGGUGUGGCCUCAGGCUUCAAGCACGUAGUGACCAACGACAUGGAUGUGAAGCGCCUGCUUCACGUUAAAGGUCGCAGGAUCAUCAGAGCAACAGAGGUGGCAAUGUCCUGGAACAGCUUCAACAAAGGAGACUGCUUUAUCAUUGACUUGGGAAAGGACAUCUAUCAGUGGUGUGGCAGUGAGUGUAACCGUUUUGAGCGUCUGAAGGCCUCCGAGGUCGCCAUCAGCAUCAGAGAUAAUGAGAGGAAUGGCAGAGCCAAAGUGCAUAUGGUCGAGGAGGGGGAUGAGCUGCCUCCCAUCGUCGAGGCUCUAGGAGCAAAAACCGCCAUUGCUCCGAGUACUCCGGAUGAUGACAAGGUGGAGACUUCUAACAAGAAGAAGGGUGCCCUCUAUAUGAUUUCAGAUGCGUCUGGCUCCAUGAAGGUGACAUCUGUAGCUGAAUCCAGUCCCUUCAAACAGGCCAUGUUGUCUCCAGAGGAGUGCUACAUCCUGGACAACGGGGUGGACAACACCAUCUUUGUAUGGAAAGGUCCCAAAGCCAACACUUCGGAGCGUAAAGCAGCCAUGGCUGCAGGUCAGCAGUUCAUCAAAGACAAGGGAUACAGCAACAAAACAACAAUCCAGGUACUUCCUGCAGGAGGUGAAACGUCUCUCUUUAAGCAGUUCUUUUCUGACUGGAGGGAUAAGGAUGCAACCACAGGCCCAAGUAAGGCCUACACUAUUGGCAAGAUAGCCAAGGUGGAGCAGGUGCCCUUUGAUGCCUCUACCCUACACACAAACAAAGUCAUGGCGGCCCAGCACGGCAUGGUGGAUGAUGGCAAGGGCAAAGUCCAGAUCUGGCGUGUCGAGAAUGGUGAAAAAGUCCCUGUGGAUCCCUCUGCCUACGGUCAGUUCUAUGGUGGAGACUGUUACAUCAUCCUGUACAGCUACAGACAGGGAUCCCGGGAGCAACACAUCAUAUACACCUGGCAGGGGCUGACGUGCACACAAGACGAACUGGGAGCUUCAGCGUUCCUCACGGUGAAGCUGGAUGACUCAAUGGGAGGAUCCCCAGUUCAGGUGAGAGUGACCCAGGGUCAGGAGCCUCCUCACCUCAUGAGCAUCUUCCAGGGCAAACCCAUGAUCAUCCACAUGGGAGGAACUUCACGCAAAGGUGGACAGACACAGGCCGGCAGCACUCGCCUCUUCCACAUCCGGCAGAGCUCCUCUCAUGGUACCCGCGCAGUGGAGGUCAAGCCUACUGCAUCCAAUCUGAACACCAAUGAUGUGUUUGUGCUGAAAAUGCCAAGUGCCUUGUAUGUGUGGCGGGGCUUGGGCGCCAGCGAUGAGGAGGUGGGCGCAGCCAAGUAUGUGGUGGGCUUCCUGGGUGGUAGUCCCAACAAUGUGUCGGAGGGCAAGGAGCCAGCUGACUUCUGGUCUGCUCUGGGAGGCAAGAAGGAUUACCAGACGUCAAAGAGUCUGCAGAAGGCGGUCAGACCCCCACGUCUGUUUGGCUGCUCCAACAAAACAGGAAGACUCGUCGUGGAAGAAGUACCUGGAGACUUCACUCAGUCAGAUCUGGCCACUGAUGACGUAAUGCUCCUGGAUACCUGGGAUCAGCUCUUCAUUUGGAUUGGCAAUGACGCUAAUGACGCGGAAAAGGCAGGAGCUCCCAAAAUAGCAAAAGAGUAUUUGGACUCGGAUCCCUCUGGUCGCAAAGGAAUUCCCAUCACCACCAUUAAACAGGGAGCAGAGCCUCCAACUUUCACUGGCUGGUACCAGGCGUGGGAUUCCAAGAUGUGGGAACAUGAUCCGUUGGAUAGAAUCCGUGCCCGUUUCUGAAAUCAGAACUGCAGGCUCUCCAUCUCUGUCUGACUCCUUCCCUAUCCAGCACUCUCUAUUGCUAUUUUUGUUCAUUUUAAUUCCAAUCCCCAAGUGCCAUAAAACUGAUGUUAUCACUGUUAAGAGUCUGAAUGGCUGCCUCUAAGCAUUGGUCAUGGUGUGGUGCACUGGACUUAACACAAACGGGAAUAAAUCCCAUCUGCAUGCAAAUGAUGGCCUCUGGUAGUAAUUACAUUUAAUUGGUAGAAAUGGUCGAUUGUUAUGUUGCCUCCAAAAGCUUGUUGCCUUCACACCUUCAGCAAAUACCCACUCGGUCCCUAAUAUGAACAGGAAAUAAGAAAAUAUGAAAGGCAGCUGGACAAAUCCUCAGUUUCUGUCUUUUACUCUGCUACGUGUGUUCAGAAGAUCUAAUACACUUUCUUUUAAUGAACUAUAUCAAAACAACUUCUUUACUAAACAUAUGUGCAUGGUGUUCUUAUUUUAUUGAUACUGGAAAGUGGUAUCCCUGCUAAAAGUUACAUGCUUUUUUUAUGCAUAAUCUGUGCUUGUCAAACAGUGGUAUGUGAUGUGCAUGACACUUGUGUAAACUCCAUGAAAUGACCCUGAAAUGCUCGCAUGAAUGGCUUUUAAAUAAAGCUCACAGUAGUUCAGA